GAUUUAUUUCCGGGGUUGUGUUCUUAAACGCGACGCAGUAAUGCUAGUUUACAUAGCAGUGUAAAGAAGCAGAAGUUACAUUUGUUAAGUGAGCCUCAUCUUUGAUUCGUUUGGACUAAAAUGCCAUAAGAAAAACACCGGUUUCUCUUUCGUAUCGGUGGAUCAUAAAGUUAAAAAAAAACUAUCAGGACUCUUUCCUCCCUCCUCCUCUCCAUAGCAGACCAUGAUAGAACCAGAACUACUGACCGAGGUCCCGGCAGCACUCAAACGGCUUGCCAAGCAGGUUGUGAGGGGUUUCUAUGGAGUUGAACAUGCCUUGGCUCUCGAUGUGCUCAUCCGAAAUCCCUGCGUGCGAGAAGAGGACAUGCUGGAGCUGCUCAAGUUUGACCGUAAACAGUUGCGCUCGGUUCUCAACACCCUGAAGUCUGACAAAUUUGUGAAGUGCCGUAUGAGAGUGGAGACAGCCCCUGAUGGCAAGACAACAAGGCACAACUACUACUUCAUCAACUACAGGUUGCUGGUAAAUGUGGUCAAGUAUAAACUGGAUCACAUGCGACGGCGCAUUGAGACAGAUGAGCGGGACUCCACCAAUCGUGCCUCCUUCAGGUGCCCCUGCUGCCACUCCACCUUCACUGACCUAGAAGCCAACCAGCUGUUUGAUCUUAUGACUGGUACAUUUCGCUGCACGUUCUGCCAGACCGAGGUAGAAGAGGAUGAGUCUGUUUGUCCUGAUGCUAGGACACAAGUGGCACGCUUCAAUGAGCAGAUUGAACCCAUCUAUGCACUACUACGUGAGACCGAAGAUGUUAACUUGUCCCAUGACUUGUUGGAGCCCGAGCCUUCUGAGAUCCCUGCCCUCAAACAGAGUCGUGAGCGUUCUGCGGCAUCAGCGAGUGGGCCACACCGCGAAGCCUGGUCCAACAAAGGCUCAUCCUACGCUGACAUGUACACCCAGAAUGUGGUUAUCAGCAUGGAGGAGCAGCAGGAACAGCAGAAGCAGGCUAAUGAGGGCAAGGCUCCCAAAGAAAGGCCCGUCUGGUUGACUGAGAGCACUGUGCAGGGUGCUUACAGCGAGCCUGACCUCCUCAAAAACAGUGGAGACAUAGUACACAAACCCAUGGAUGGAGACGCUGGUCUUGGGAUUGGUCAGGCAGAUGAGAAUGAGGAAGUCAUGCGUGCUUUGCUCAUCCAUGAGAAAAGGGGUGCGGCAGCAGCAGGUGGAGGUGGAGCGAGCGUCGCUACCAGGGGACUCGCCUCCGCCACAGGAAAUGCUAGUGACUCUGACAGUGACACCAGUGAAUCAGACGAUGGCUCUCCCUCAGCUCCUCCCACCACCACAGCUGCUCAUAGUCGGGCUGACGAGGACGACGAAGAGGACGACGGGGAGUUUGAAGAGGGGGACGAGCCCAUGGUGACGGUGGGAGGCCGACCGUUCUCAUGAGAGGUCAGCCAGAGGCCAGAGCUAGUGGAGCAGAUGUCUGCACAAGAGAAGGAGGCCUACAUUGAAAUGGGAAGAAACCUCUUCAGGAUAUGUGUUGCUCCUCAGCCUCAGAGUGCCCAGCCACACCUGUGGCUAAUUACUAAUCAGGAGCAAAACUAG